UGUAUCAAGAAAUUUGUUCGAACGAGGAGGAGUUUCGCAGAUGCGGUUUCUGCUCUCUGCCGUCAACUACUCGCGCUCCUGAAGGAGAUAUUUUCUCCAGAACUAGAGAGUUUCUCUACGAAACACGAGCCUGGGUACCUCAAGCGUCAGAAUGAGGACGACUGAGACCGCUUACUUGGGGGAGACUUGGAAGUGUGGGGAUAAGUUGAAGAUUAAAAGCAGAGGAGAUGAGGUUGGGACUGAAGAAGAAGAUGAUUGAAAUUGCUAGAAGAAAAAAUGCUUCCUACAAGUAGGAACUACUGGAGAAAGACAGCGAG